AACAUGAGCCGGCAGCUAAAGUUCAAUGUGCAAGUCGAGGAUCCGUCGUCGUUGUCCCCGUCGCAGUGGGAGGAGGAGUUCCACUCAGAACUGGUCGAGAUCAACCUUAAUCCCAACUGCGGCCAGGCCAAGCAGCAGUCGGCCCAAGACCUGGACAAACUGCUCCUGGCGGCCACCACGCCCCCACAUCGCGGCUAUCCCUAUGGUUAUGCGGACAUUGAUCCCGGAACGGAUUACUACUUCUGCAAGAAGUCCAACUCCACGGGUCAGCUGGCCCAGAAGGUCUCACCGCCGGCGCCCGCCGCCACCAACAUCAGUUGCCUGCGGCAGAUGUACUGCCCGGAGUGCCACGAGCGGUUGCACGAGCAGGGGGUGCGUCUGGAGCGACUGCUGACCAUGUGCUGCUUUGCCCUGCUGCCCAUCUAUCCCUGUUGCAUGCGACGCUCCAACAACGACUGCAAGGUCAUCUGUGGCAAGUGCGGCUAUCUCUUGGGUGCCUGGAAGCGGCAAUGAUGAUUGCUGGUCGAUGGGAAGUGGAGAUGGGGAAGCACUCUAUGUUUUUCGUUUGUUUUAUUUAGUUUUUAAGUAAUUUUGUUGACCUUGGGACGAGAGAAGAUGAUACAUUCCAAAAAAAAACAUUGUUUCGU